GUUGAACAAUAGACUUGUAAUGAAUUAUAUUCCCAUUCAUUUAUAGCGGUUGGUUUGGCAUGGAGAGAUUUUGUUGAUCUGGUGGCUUCUCUCACCUUUCAGAUCUUUCAGCCUUUUGCUUGAAAACCAAGCAUUUCGAGAUACGACCAAGCUCGAAGGUACCUACAGUAGCUCUCGUCCCGAGAGCUCUAUAUCAGCCAAGAUGAAGACUUCAGAUGUCUUCCUAACGUGUCUUCUCAUCACCAUCCCACUCGUUCAUCUACUUGUGUCCCCCUAUACAAAAGUGGAGGAGUCUUUCAAUAUACAAGCAGCCCACGACAUCCUGAUCUACGGAACACCCACUCAGGACAUAUAUGAACGCCUCUCUCAUACUUACGACCACUUCACCUUUCCCGGCGCCGUACCCCGUACUUUUCUCGGUGCUGUGCUCCUCGCAGGAUUAGGGCAGCCCAUCGUCGCUCUUGUUGGCUUUCAGCAUGCACAGCUUGUAGUUCGAGGAAUCCUUGGCGCGGCUAAUGUUGCUGCGCUUUUGACGUUCAGGUCCUCUCUCAGGAGAGCUUAUGGAUCAGGUGUUUCAGCUUGGUGGGUGGUGUUUAUGGCGAGUCAGUUCCAUAUCAACUACUAUGUUUCCCGGACGUUGCCAAACAUGUAUGCAUUCUGUCUCACUACCCUUGCUUCAGCAUUCCUACUUCCCCAAUCGUCACCUCAUCUCUCUGCUGCUCGUCAGAAACAAGCCAUCGCCCUCUUGGUUAUCGCAGCAGCCAUCUUCCGCUCUGAAGUCGCUGUUCUUCUCAGCACUACAGGACUCUACCUCCUUUUCACGCGUCGUAUCGGUCUGCGCCCCUUGGUUCUCACUUUCCUCGGCUCAUUCAUCUCUUCACUGCUUAUCUCAGUACCUAUUGACUCGUAUUUCUGGCAGAAGCCCCUAUGGCCUGAGUUAUGGGGUUUCUACUUCAACGCUAUUCUUGGAUCUUCGUCAGAAUGGGGCAUUUCUCCAUGGCAUUACUAUUUCACCUCAGCGCUUCCCAAGCUAUUGCUCAACCCUUUCGUGCCAGCGUUGACAGUGUAUGCACUACUCCAGCCUGGCACAUCACGGGCUACGCAGGCAUUGCUGAUCCCCAACUUGCUCUUUGUGGCCAUUUAUUCUGCUCAGCCUCAUAAAGAGGCUCGUUUCAUUUUCUAUGUUGUGCCGCCUCUGACUGCCGCUGCAGCUCUCGGCGCUAAUUUUGUCUCCUCUCGCGCCUCUAAAUCCAUCAUCUACCGUGGCUUGUCUGCCGUUAUCGCCCUGUCAGUCCUCGUCAGCUUCGCAGGCAGCACUGCCAUGCUCCUAUUCUCUUCACUUAACUAUCCCGGCGGCGAUGCACUUCAGCAACUCUCUUACAUCACCCGUGAUGACCCUACUCCCGUCAUCGACGUCCACGCCGACGUCUUGAGUUGCAUGACGGGGCUGACCUUGUUUGGGCAAAAUCCAUCUGGUUAUCCCAUCGCUUUCCCCAUCCACCCCCACCCUGAUUCUACGGCACCUGUUCUAGUCUUCGACAAGACCGAAAAGGGAGACCAACUUUAUUGGCCGCGUUUCUGGGAGCGCUUCGACUAUACUCUCGCAGAGAACCCACGCAAGGUGUUGGGUGGCUGGCAGGUUAUAGGAGUUGUCACGGGUUACGACGGUGUUGAGAUUCUCAAGCCUGGCUCUCCUGCUGCAGGAGAUGAGAUUGAAAAGGGAACAAUCGGUGGUGAGAAAAUACUUGGACUGGGCGCAAAUGUCGCUGCUCUCAGAAAUCUGGUUAGGGGCUAUACAGGUGGUUGGUGGGUUGGACCUCGAAUGUCACCCCGAAUCCGAAUCUUGAGGCGUGUCAGUUAAUUAGAUCGUCAAGACGAGACAAAAUAAGUGUCUGCUUCCAUCACAGUUCAAUAAUUAGUCAGUGUGAGUGUGAGGCCGUGCCUUGUGAUACUACAUCAUCUGAUUUUGUAAUGCCCUAUCAUAUCGUAUAAACAAUGCAUACAUGCCUGCGUGGACUCCUCGAUGCCAUCCAUAACCCCUGAAAAGACAAGAACCCAUCAUCCCAAUCUACACUGAGCGCAACAAAGUAUAGUAUGUGAGCCUCCUGGCAGACAGAGCAGCCAGUUAUCAAUAUUUUCUUGCUUUCUCCAUAGCCCAACGCCACGUACUGCCUUGCCUUGCCUUGCCUUGC